AUGUAUCAGCCUCCUAUAAUAUCUUAUAAUAGAGAUUACCAAAAUACACUAUCUAUCUAUCUAUCUAUCUAUCUAUCUAUCUAUCUAUCUAUCUAUGAUAGUUCAUCAUCUAUCAUAGGUUGUUCAUAUUUAUCUAUGUAUCAUAGGAUAUUUCUAUCUAUCUAUCUAUCUAUCUAUCUAUCUAUCUAUCUAUCUAUCUAUGCUAGUUCAUUAUCUAUCUAUCAUAGGAUAUUAAUAUCUAUCUAUCUAUCUAUCUAUCUAUCUAUCUAUCUAUCUAUCUCUAAUAUUUAUGUCUAUCUCUCUCUGUCUUUCUCUCUCUCUCUCUCUAUCUAUCUAUCUGUCAUAGACUGUUUAUCUAUCUAUUAUAGACUGUUCAUAUCUAUCUAUCUAUCUAUCUAUCAAUCUAUCUAUCACAGGAUAUUUAUAUCUAUCUAUCUAUCUAUCUAUCUAUCUAUUUAUCUAUCUAUCUAUCUAUCUAUGCUAGUUCAUUAUCUAUCUAUCAUGGGAUAUUUAUAUAUAUUUCUCUGUCUUUUUUAUCUAUCUAUCUAUCUAUCUAUUUAUGCUAGAUAUUUAUGUCUAUCUCUCUCUGUCUUUCUCUAUCUAUCUAUCUAUCUAUCUAUCUAUCUAUCUAUCUAUCUAUCUGUCAUAGACUGUUCAUCUAUCUAUUAUAGACUGUUCAUAUCUAUCUAUCUAUCUAUCUAUCUAUCUAUCUAUCUAUGCUAUUCAAUACAUUCUCUCUCUGUCUUUCUUUAUCUAUCUCUCUAUCAUAGGAUAUUUAUGUCUAUCUCUCUCUGUCUUUAUCUUUCAUUAUCUAUCUAUCUAUCUAUCUAUCUAUCUAUCUAUCUAUCUAUCUAUCAUAGACUGUUCAUCUAUCUAUCUAUUAUAGACUUUCAUUAUCUAUCUAUCAUGGGAUAUUUAUAUAUAUCUCUCUCUCUGUCUUUCUUUAUUUAUCUAUCUAUCUAUCUAUCUAUCUAUCUAUCUAUCUAUCUAUUUAUGCUAGAUAUUUAUGUCUAUCUCUCUCUGUCUUUCUCUAUCUAUCUAUCUAUCUAUCUAUCUAUCUAUCAUAGAUUGUUCAUCUAUCUAUCUAUUAUAGACUGUUCAUGUCUAUCUAUCUAUCUAUCUAUCUAUCUAUCUAUCUAUCUAUCUAUCUAUCUAUCACAGGAUAUUUAUAUUUAUCUAUCUAUCUAUCUAUCUAUCUAUCUAUCUAUCUAUGCUAGUUCAUUAUCUAUCUAUCAUGGGAUAUUUAUAUAUAUAUAUAUAUAUAUCUGUCUUUCUUUUUCUAUCUAUCUAUCCAUCUAUCUAUCUAUCUAUCUAUUUAUGCUAGUUCAAUACAUCUCUCUCUCUGUCUUUCUUUAUCUAUCUCUCUAUCAUAGGAUAUUUAUACCUAUAUAUCUCACUAUCUGGUGUGUUUAA